UUAUGAAGGUAACAUAUACAAAAUAUACUUUGUUUAGUUCAAUAUUUCCUAUCCCUUAACUGGUGCUUAAAAGACAGUCGAAAUUGAUGAUGACAAGAAAUGGUAAUAAUUUCUAUAGAAUUCCUUAGCUCAAUCUUUUUUGAUAAGAGAAUGGGACAAGUAGUAGAAGCAGACAACUUGGGUGAUGAAUAUAAAGGAUAUGUAUUUAAAAUUACAGGUGGUAACGAUAAACAAGGUUUCCCAAUGAGACAAGGUGUCCUAUUUAAGGGAAGAGUUAGAAUUCUUAUGAGAAAGGGACACAAAGGUUAUAGACCAAGAAAAGAUGGAGAAAUGAAAAGAAAAUCAAUUAGAGGAUGCAUUGUCGGUCAAGAUAUUAGAGUCCUUGCCUUACAAGUCGUUAAAAAGGGUGCCAAUGAAAUUGCUGGACUUACAGAUCAAAACGUACCAAGAAGAUUAGGUCCAAAGAGAUUGACCAAAUUAAGAAGAUUAUUUGGAUUCAAAAAAGCAGAUGGUGUUGCCAUUGUCUAAAAAAAUCUCAUUAGAAGAACAUGGACAACAAAGGAUGGAAAGAAGAGAUAAAAGGCUCCAAAGAUAUAAAGACUUGUUACUGAAUCAAGAUUGAGAAGAAAGACCAUUCAAAAGAAGACUGAAUAAGCUAGAAGAACCAAAGCUAAAUAAGCUUUAGAAGCAUAUAAAAAAUUAGCUCAUGAUGUUCAUGAAGCUCACAAAAAACACAGAAAAGCAUCAUCUGAAAUCAAGGAAAAGGUAAAAGAAUAACCAAAGGUAAUUCUUUAAUACCUAUUUUUUUAGGCUAAGGAUACAAAAGCUACAACAAAACCAGCAUAAGUUGGUAAAUAAGCUACUCAAACUAAAGCUUAAGUUCCAGUCAAGGCUGCUGCUCCAGCAAAAACAACUGCUCCAGCAAAGACAGUCCCAUAACCAACUCAAAAAGCUCCAACCACCACCAAAGCCAAGAAAUGAA